CACGUUGGGAUUCUGUGCUUUUUGCCGUUAAAAAAAAAUGCAAAGUUUCUGUAUCUAUAUAUGCACAAACUUUGUCUUCUUCCUCAUUCACGUUGGAUCUCAUUCACAUUUUCAGAAAUAUCGUAACUCACCCCGAGAGGAAGGUCUCCUGGUUUUGACCGUUUCGUGAAAUCGCAGGAGCCAAAACACAAAGAUGGUGUUCUGGGUAUUUGGGUAUGGCUCACUUCUUUGGAACCCUGGGUUCAAUUACGAUGACAGAAUCAUCGGCUACAUCAAAAGCUACAAACGCGUUUUCGAUCUUGCUUGCAUUGAUCACAGAGGGACACCUCAGAAUCCUGCAAGAACUUGCACGUUGGAACGAUCGGAAGGGUCUAUUUGUUGGGGUGCUGCUUACUGUGUUCGUGGAGGACCCGAGAAGGAGAGACUAGCAAUGGAGUACUUGGAAAGAAGAGAGUGUGAAUAUGACUCCAAGACCCUUGUCGAGUUUUACACUGAAUCCGAUGCCUCCAAGCCGAUCUUGACCGGAGUUAUAGUUUUCACAUCGACUCCAGACAGAGCCUCGAACAAAUACUAUUUAGGACCAGCUCCAUUGGAGGAGAUGGCAAGGCAAAUCGCAACGGCAUCUGGACCUUGCGGGAACAACCGAGAGUAUCUUUUCCGGUUGGAGAAAUCAAUGCAAGACAUAGGACAUGAGGAACAGUAUGUGAUAGAACUAGCUAACGAGGUGAGGAAGGUACUGGGAAGUGCAAACGCAGUAAAUGAGGUGGAAACGGUUCCUGCGUCUCUGUCCGCACAAGGGCCGAUCAAAUCACAAACGCAGCUCUCGGCGUUUCAGCUGCCUUUGCGCCGUUCGGUCGCGGUUGCCACGGAUUCGUAGGAUUCACAUUUGAGAUUUGUGGGGCAAACCAUUCCAUGCUUAUCCGGAGAUAAUCAUGGGCGGUCGUUAUCUAUUUAAUCGUAGAAGCUGCGUAGAGGUAUCAUGAUAUUGUUCUGAGUAAACCGGUAGAUGAAUUAUGGAUGUAACACCAUUUUUCGAGUUCUCAUCAAGAGAAAGAUUGAAUAUUUUUGUUGA